GAUUUUUGCUGCUGUUGGUUGAACACGAACGAAGUCCUUCCUUCCAACGCCCGCCGUCACUCGCGCACCGCCCACAACGACUGCGCACAGUCUGCGCCAUGGGUUGUCGCCACUCGAAGGAGGAGAGGGAGGAGGGCGAAGAGAAGAGGCAGGACGUGGACGCAAGCACCUUGACUGCUGCUUCAGCUGAAGCUGAAGCGACGCCAGUGCCAGCGACAACAGAGCCUACGGAGGAGGGCAAAGCGUCCACUGCCACCAAAGAUGACGAUGCCACGCCUGCCAAGGAUCACAGCACAACAGCUGGUCCGCCUCCCCCGCCUCCGCCUCCGGCCCCUGCAAACGCAGGCGGUACGGGAGCACCACCGCCUCCUCCGCCGCCACCUGGUCCGCAAGGGUCUGGGCCACCACCGCCACCUCCGCCUCCAUCAUCAUCACCACCUGGCACAAAGCCUCUCCAGAGCGAUCUUGGCGCACAGUUUGCUUCACUGCCUGCCGAGGAGAAGUCCCGCAUCUUGCUCGCAACUCUCUUCAUCCAAGCACGAUUGAGGCUGGUGCUCGCGCGAGCAAAGCGCAAGCUGGCACGCCGGAUCUUCUACCACGCCACGGCCACCCCGAUUCGAGAGCUCUCCGAUAUUGCAUGGAACAGCGCGCAGGCUGUACAGCGGUCGGCAGGCGGCAUGUCAUCGGGCGUGUACUUUGUGCAGUUCCCUGACAGCCGCGCAGUGAUUGUCAAGCCAGACCCCGACAUUGCAGCGGAAGUGCUUGGGAGUACCCUGGCCGAAUUCUUUGGCGUCCGCUGCCCAAACGUGCGCAUGGUCAGCAGAGAGGGUCCCAAAGGCUCCCUUUUGUACAACCGCCUGUGUGAAUUGGACGAAGAGAAGCCCAAGGACCAACAGCAAAGCCUCCGCAAGGCACUUGACUUGCCGUUCCUGCUGGUGAUGGAAUAUGUGCGGGGGCGAACACUGCGUGAAAUUGCAUUUCAGCCCGAGGAGAAGCGACGCGAGUGGUGCGAGGCCACGUUUGGACCACAGGGCAAGCUCCACGAGGACGGGAAGCGGCGACUGCGCGAGAUGGGCGCGAUUGUCGGCUUUGACGUUUUCAUUCACAACUUCGACAGGUUGCCGUGCGUGUGGGACAACAAAGGCAACAUGGAGAAUAUCAUGUUUGACGAGAACAACGACCCAGUUGCCAUCGAUUCCAUGAUCAGCUGCUUCGAUCCACAAGCGAAUCCAAAGUCGUUUUCUGUGUACUCGGAACGCGUGUCCGAUCUUGUCUACCAAGUCUUGCACUCGCAAGAGACACCGACAGAGGCGAUUGCAAAAGUUCGCGACGUCUUUCUCAAGGGUGUUGGCACGAUGGCAGAUGAGUCGUUCAUGCCGCCGUUCAAUUACGAUAUCGGAGCAGAAGGCGUUCGGCAACUCCAGGCUGGGUUUGCGGGUAUUGUGCCCAAGGUUGCGUUUCUGAAGCGGCGCAUUCUGGAUGCACUGCACGAAACAAUGAUGAAUGACGUCUCCCCGUACGCAAAGGCCAACGAAACGUUCGGCAUGGAGCGGAUUAACGUGGACUUCCUCGCCGCCAUCAGCGACAUCUUCCGCUCCAAGGGCGAGCGGCCCCAGGACAAGCGCCCGCGGUACACAAACACACUCAAGGAGAGCAAGUACCAGGUGUUCAACUGGGGUGGACGGACGGGCCGCACAAACGUCGGUGUCACGAGCACGCACGGUGUUGAGAAGGUGGUCUCGCAACAAGAGGCUGCCACGCGGUUGCAGGAAUAUGCAUCCACCGUCCUUCGCGACAAGAUCCACAAGCACAAAGCGACACUGGCGCGCCGCUUCAACCGGCAGAGCAAGCGGUCACGCAAGCAUGGCAAGCUGUACACACACAUGUCGCAGGUGGUGCAAGCGACCAUGGAAGAAGAGCAGCAGCGCGCCAACAACAACGAUGAUGAUGAUGAUGAUGAUGAUGAUGAUGAUGAUGAUGAUGAUGAUGAGGAUGAUGAUGAGGAUGAUGAUGAGGGUGGGAAUGUGUACGAUAAAGGUGAUGGACUGGACUCGAGCGACAACGACGACGAUGACGACGAUGCUGACGCCGAACAGUGA